ACAUAAAGACAUUAGAUUCUCCGCUAAGUUGUUGUAGUCUCUGAUUUCUGAGCCUCCUGAAUGCCCUCCUGUGAGCAAAUAGCUUCAAGUCCGUCUUCAAGUUCUUACCAGCGAUGGCGCAGACAGGCUUUGGGCGAAGAUACUUCAAAGCCUUUGUUAGUGGCUUCUUUGUAGCCGUUCCUGUGACGGUGACUGUUUUAGACCGUCUUGCCUAUGUGGCACGCGUGGAAGGUGCCUCGAUGCAGCCGUCUUUAAACCCAGAUGGAGAGUCGUCACCUGAUGUUGUGCUGCUCAACCGCUGGAGUGUGAGGAACUACCAAGUUCACCGAGGGGACAUUGUCUCAGUUCUGAGCCCGAAGGACCCUCGGCAGAAGAUCAUCAAACGGGUCAUUGGGAUCGAGGGGGACUUCAUCAAAACGCUGGGAUAUAAAAACCGUUAUGUAAGAGUUCCAGAUGGACAUCUGUGGAUCGAGGGGGACCAUCAUGGACACAGUUUCGACAGCAACACAUUUGGACCGGUGGAUGGAUGGUCUUUCAGGCUGCAGUUUCAAAGGAUCUUUUCUGGAAGUCACCACCAUAAGCAGAUUUCACCACAAAUAGACUUGUUUAUAAAAAAUUCAACGAACACCAACAAAGAUUGCCGCGUUCUGGGGACUUUGUUAACAGCCUUGAUGCGCUCGAAUGCCCCUGCCUGUAAUGUAUAGAGAUUGAGGUAUUAUUGGUUCUUUGAAGAAGCUUCUUUGCUGCACGCCUCCUCAGAUACAUUAUUAAACACAGCAGUGAUUCUUCCUCCCUUCUCAACUCCGGCUGUGACACGACUCGCUACAGUCAUUCACAACACGUCAAGAUCUGCUGCUCAGAUUGUCCUUGAAAUAUGUUCAAAUGUUGGGAUUUGCUUACUUGGGCUGAGUACGAAAAACAAACGGUCCUGUCCGUUUAGUCACUGACUCCUUCAGUUUUGACGGUUUUGCACCGGCUGAGGUUUUCCGAGUGUUUGUCCUCAGGUGAAUUUUUAAUGAUGUUUCUUGUCAGAAAGCAAAUGAAUGUGUUUCUCACUGAAUCACAUACUUCUUAGGUCUCUGUUAUUAUUGUUUUACAUCCAUUACCCAAUACGCUUUUGGUUUUCUCCAGAGACCAGGACGGAAAAUGCAAAGGAUGGUUUUGGCGAAAAACUAUUAGGUCAUAUAUCUCUAAGCAAAUAUUCUUGCUGGAUGUUUCAGGCAAUUGCUUUCACAUUUGUCAGCACAGACUGCGCCUUUACCUUGACUUGAUGUAUUAUGCAGCAAGAUGUGUGUGUUUACGUGUGUAUUUUUUUGCUUAAUGUCCUUUUCGAGGCUAAAUUUAAAUCUUUCCCGAGAAUUUAGAUUGAUAUUUAACGCUGAGAAGGCUUAUAAUGUUGUUGUUCGAAGUAUUUGGACUCUAAAAUAAUGACAAGACUCCAAAGCACUGAUUGAAAGUCAGGUCACAAAAUCCUGACUGUCUGAGGCCGUGUUUAUUUUGCCCACAAAACACUGCAAAAUGUCACACGGAUUCGACUCAGACAUCCAAUUUGUGGGCUUAAAGGGAUAGUUCAGCCAAAAAUGAAAAUUCUGUGUCAUUUAGUUCAAAACCUCAUCCGAACGUCGUUACAAACCUGUGUGACAAACAAAAUGUAGUUUUGUACCCCAUUGAUUUUUGGUCUUAAAAAUUGUUAUUUUCAACUGUAACUA